AUGACAACCAUUAUUCCUCCAACCUUCUCUAUUCCGUUUUCUCCACUGGAGCAGCAGCUCGAGCAUCAUGCUUUCCUUGCUUCUAUCGGUUUCCUCAUUCUUAUUCCCAUUGGAAGUUUGACAGCAAGAUAUACCCGGACUUUUACGACCAAAUGGUGGUUCGCACACUGGAUUGUAAAUUUCUUGAUCUCGGGACCUGUGAUUUUUGCCGCUUUUGCUCUGGGGUAUAUGGCGACCAAUACUACAGGGUUGGGCCAUUUCAAUGACCCGCACAAGAAAAUCGGUCUUACCCUGUUGAUUUUGUAUCUUAUUCAAGUCGUACUGGGGCUGUUCAUUCAUUUCGUUCGGAUGCCUCGCCUGUUCAUUGCCCAUCGUCCCCCCCAGAACUACUUCCACGCUAUCCUAGGCCUACUCAUCAUGGCUCUCGCUGCAUACCAGGUGAACUACGGUCUCACGAUCGAGUGGGCCUUCGUGACCGGAAACGUUCACCCCGUGCCCAACAAAGCGAAGGAUGCCUGGCUUGCGUUAAUCAUAGUACGUUUCCGUUGUUGUCCGAGGAUAAGACUCAGGGGCUGA